CAGGCGGCAUCACUGGAGCUCAGGUCCCAGCCACCAGCACACAGCGCGCCCUGCACUGCUCAGGACGAGGAGCAGCAGCGGAGCCCGCGGCGAUCACAGCGGGCGGGUGCCAGCAAGGCCCCGAUCGAAAAGCCUGGGAGGGCCGCCGAGCUACCCCCGUAGGAGGAGCCAGUCUGAGCCCAAGGCGCCACCGCCGCAGAAGCCCUGCGCAGCAGCAGUCGCCUCCAUGGCCCACUCACCGGUGGCAGUCCAAGUGCCCGGGAUGCAGAAUAAUAUUGCAGAUCCAGAAGAGCUGUUCACAAAAUUAGAACGCAUUGGAAAAGGCUCAUUCGGAGAAGUCUUCAAAGGCAUUGAUAACCGUACUCAGCAGGUGGUUGCCAUUAAAAUUAUAGACCUUGAGGAAGCAGAAGAUGAAAUUGAAGACAUUCAACAAGAAAUAACCGUUUUGAGUCAGUGUGACAGCUCCUAUGUAACAAAAUACUAUGGGUCCUAUUUAAAGGGUUCAAAAUUAUGGAUUAUAAUGGAAUACCUGGGUGGAGGUUCAGCACUAGAUCUUCUGAGAGCUGGCCCAUUUGAUGAGUUCCAGAUUGCUACCAUGCUAAAGGAAAUUUUGAAAGGUCUGGACUAUCUGCAUUCGGAAAAGAAAAUUCACCGAGACAUAAAAGCUGCCAAUGUGUUGCUGUCCGAACAAGGAGAGGUUAAACUUGCUGACUUUGGAGUUGCUGGCCAGCUGACAGAUACACAAAUUAAAAGAAACACCUUUGUGGGAACUCCGUUUUGGAUGGCUCCUGAAGUUAUUCAACAGUCAGCUUAUGACUCAAAAGCUGACAUUUGGUCACUGGGUAUCACUGCUAUUGAGUUAGCCAAAGGAGAGCCACCUAACUCUGAUAUGCAUCCAAUGAGAGUUCUGUUUCUUAUUCCAAAGAACAAUCCUCCAACUCUUGUUGGAGACUUUACUAAGUCUUUUAAGGAGUUUAUUGAUGCUUGCCUGAAUAAAGAUCCAUCAUUUCGUCCUACAGCUAAAGAACUUUUGAAACAUAAAUUCAUUGUUAAAAAUUCAAAGAAGACUUCUUAUCUGACUGAACUGAUAGAUCGGUUUAAGAGAUGGAAGGCAGAAGGACACAGUGAUGAUGAGUCUGAUUCCGAGGGCUCUGAUUCGGAAUCCACCAGCAGAGAAAAUAAUACUCAUCCUGAAUGGAGUUUCACCACUGUGAGAAAGAAGCCUGAUCCCAAGAAACUACAGAAUGGGGCCGAGCAAGACCUUGUGCAAACCCUGAGCUGUUUGUCUAUGAUCAUCACACCUGCCUUUGCUGAACUUAAGCAGCAGGAUGAGAAUAAUGCAAGCAGGAACCAGGCAAUUGAAGAACUUGAGAAAAGUAUUGCUGUGGCCGAAGCCACCUGUCCUGGCAUCACGGAUAAAAUGGUGAAGAAAUUGAUUGAAAAAUUUCAGAACUGUUCUGCAAAUGAAUCCUCCUGAGAAAUUUCUUAUCGUUGGCUUCUGUUUCAUGUGGACCCAGAGAAACCCACCAAAGCUACUUCAAGCUUAACAAUGCUUAAUUCAUGAGCUCCAUGUGCCUUUUGGAUCUUUGCAACAUUGAAGAUUUGGAAGAAGCUAUUCAAUGAUUUUGCGAUGGUGUUUAUCAUUUUGUAUCUUAAAAAGAUGAUUUUGUAAGGAAUAACUUUUAAUACUAUAGUUGUAGUAAAUGUUGAGAUACAGUUUUGCUUUUAGGUAUCAUUAUUUCUUAAGUUACUAGAGUAAAUACCUUUUUGCAUUUUAAACUUCAAUUAAUUUUACACUCAUGAAACAUACAGGUCUUUCAAAGUCAUCAUAAAUAUUCGCCAUUUGUAAAUCAUCAAACUUCAAAGAACAUUUUUUUACACAAGCAUGUUCCUAAGUAGACUAUUUGUGGAGCGGUAGAAAUAGUACAUACCUUCUUACAACAAAAGCUUUUAAUAAGCUCUUG